UAAACAUGCACAAACUCGUGGUUAUCCUUUUGUGAUGUUCCUCAUUCAGCUAUCUUUGCUUGCGUACUUAAUUAUUAUUCAACACAUUUGAUCUUGCCAGGGUUUUUAUGAGGGGUGUGUGAAUGAUAAAUUGUCGGAAAUCACUAAUACCAACGAGCAGAACCGUAUCAGGUGACAACACAUCAAUCCCCAUACCAUCGGUGCUUACCAUGGCCCUAAACCCCCGUUGUGAAUCUUUGACGUUGUAAAAUAGGUACAGUCAAGAUGAAAGGAAAAGCUGGUCGCCAGUCACACAAAGCCACUAACACCUUUGUGUUUCGUGGUUUUGGUGAAAAAGUGCGAGCAUUGCGCGUCAGUGCCAGAAAAUACCUGUUGCAACGUCCCCAAAACACUGAAGGUGAAAAUACAACCUUUAUUUAUGAGGCAGUAUGCAAGGCUAAAGACCUGAAUGUUACUCAAGAGUUUAAGACAUUUCUGCGUGAGCUGGGAAAUGAAAUACAGACGACUGGUCAACUGGUGAUUCAUGAAAACCACAUUGCUAGCUGUAUAUCAACACACAUUAGCAAUCCAGAAACGUCAGCUCUUCAACCUGUAUGUGAUGUUUUGGUAGCUUUUGCUAAUGACCUUCCUCAAGAGUUUUACAGUAAACAUUUCUAUAACUUUUUGCCAAAACUCAUUGUUCAUUUAUCUAUGAAGGACCCAGAGGUGAUUGAAACAGUGUUUUUGUGUAUUGUAUCCUUAUUUGUUGUUUUACAGAAGUAUCUUUAUGAAGAUUUUUACACUUUGUAUCAUGUGAACAAGUUCUCACAUCUCCUUUCCAAGUCAUAUCCUUGGUACAUUAAUGAGCUUGCUGCUCAGAGUCUUGGAGUGUUAGUUCGUAAGAUUCCUAAGCAAAAACUGGUUCAUUUCUAUGUCCCUGAGAAAACUCAAGAAAGAUGAAUCCCAGGUGGAAGGUUUGGGGCGUGUUUUUUGCUUC